AUGCAAGGCUCCGGUGAGAGCUCUUCUGAGUCCGCCGUUGAAGGCUACAUUCGACGCAUCUCGACCGGCGAGAUCGUGGUGGCUUCAGAGUCUAUCCGCCGGCUGGAAAUGAUGUGCGAUUCUUCCAGCACAUCUGCUUCGCAGCUGGCGACGGUGGUCUGCGAGCGAUCGAAGAAGCUGUACCUUCUAGGAUCAAAUGGCCGCGAGGUUGAAGAGGCCGAGCGUGCAUUGGCACGGCUGCUGGCUUUGACCGAUGCGAUGAACUCUACAAACACUCCCUUUACCAAAACGGCAGCAGAGGAAAUCAAGACGGAGGUGUGCGAUGAGUUCAAGUCCUUGAGGUGCGUGGCCGCUGUAAAGGACAAAGUGGUGCCGAUGCUGUUUUCACUAAACAUCCUGGAGCGAUCUACGCCUGGUCGCGAGGACCGCCAAAUAUCUACGCCUCCUCGGCGCCGCCGAGGCUCGAUGCCGACUACAAUUCGAGAGGAGCUGGACGAUGCGAAAUACCGCCUGCAGGAGGGUGCGUAUGGCAACACCGUCCGGGUACUGCCCGAGACAGCUGCACCCCUGCUGCCACGGUACCAGCUCCAGCCCGGAGGUCCAGCAUCGGAUCCGUCCGGUAGACCAGCCGCUGCCUUCGUUCACAGUAUGGGAAAUGCAGCCAGCAUCCAUGAAGAGGUGCUGCAGCUUCGCAGAGAGCAGCAGCUUGCCGAGCAGGCUCCAAUGCCAUUCGUCGCGACGCCAGCCGUCCAGGGCCGAUCCACCGCCUCCACCACCCAUUCGCUGCCACGGCUAGCGUCGGCAUGGCCAGCUGUUCCGCAAGCUGCCGCCAUGGCAAUGCCGCAGGCUUGGCCACAAGUUGCGCAGGCAGCGCCGGUGGCGAUGUCACAGCAGCUCCAGGCGAAUUUUCAUCCUCAGAAGAAGAGGAGUGUGGCUGCUUCUACUAAGGCAGAGUUCCUCAUGAAGCCACCUGAGCCUUUUCGACGGGCUGAAGCGGAAUUCCGUGAUGGGCCCCUGCAAGCCCGGCGUCUCACCAUAGAGUGUGCGUGCACAACGCUUGUACAGGUGGAACACGCUGCAGCGCAGGACUUCUUCACAACCCAGAGACCUCUGGCGACGCAUCGACCAUGGCGAAUACACCUCCACAGUAAGGAUGGGCAGGUUCUGGCCGACACGCCGCAGGAAACUCCUAUGGACCCUAACCUCCCGUAUGGCAUCUUCCACGCAGUAUGGGUAAACCCCACAACAGGUGAAUGGGGGCCACCGGGUACUCAGGACCCGUCAGAGCCAGCUCCGGAUGUACCGCGGCCUGACUCGUUGGAGGAGGACUCCGAAGAUGCCAGCAUGAUCUCGCUCUCCAUUGUGGUCGGGAUACUGGGAAGACUUCCGCUGGCACCGGGGGUGGACAGGCCCUGGCCAAACGGUGAGCCGCACUGGUUCACAGACAUGGUUGAGAGGUUGCAGCUGCUAGCUGAUAGAGGGUCUGACCCGAGGCUGAUUGGAGGUCGCUUUCAAGAUGUACUGAGGGCUCACAGGGAUGACCGGUUUGUGCUGGAGUCGGGCGAGAUCCUCAGUGAGACCUUUCGCCAGCUGUCCCAGUAUGAGCCAGUGAGAGACGACCCGGUUAUUCGCUCCAUGGGAGUUCCCACGGCCGAGGAUGUGCAGGACAAGGUUGCGUGGGCAGUGGAGCUGGUCAGGUACCACUGGUUGCGAACUACCUGCCCGGUGGCGAUGGAGAACUGGGAGAUCGAGCACAACUUGGCGGAGCAUGGUUUUCCCGAUGUACGAGUGUCAGAUGCCAGGUAUGCCAAAGAACGACGGGAACGAGACACACUAUCGCGGUCCCGAUCGCCUCACUUUCGAGGGCGCGAACAGUGGAGACGCCCUCCCGUGGAGUACGAGUUGGAUACGACCUCCCUGUUCCAGAGGCCGGAAGGAUGGCAACAGAGGUGGGAAAGGUUGGUGGAGACGUUGUGGACAUGGUUUGACGAGGACAGAGCAGACCGAGGGGACGCGUCCUUUGCAGCAUGGGUCCACACCCCAAUCACCACUCUUGCAGCUGGUCUUCCCAACAGUGACGGCUUGGAUCCGUCGCACCAUCCUCAGGUUUUCUUCCAGUGGUCGGUGGAACCCGAGAUUCAGAUCGAGCUUGCCCGGCAUCCCCUGGGGCGGCUCGACCAGGAAGACGUAGCAAUGCCACUGGCUCAGAACGAGGUCGCAGAGAACCUCGCCCGACCGCGGGCACACGACCACGAAGGGAGGCAGCCCGUGAGCCAGCUUCUGGUUCCAGAGAUCCACCACCCACAAGCCGUGCACCUUUGGCACUACCUCCUCUUCGACCGCACUCGUUUUGGGCCCCAGCUCGAGGGCAACUCAAGGGUCCCGGAGAGCUUCCUCCCUCGACAUCUCCUACGAGAAGUCAGCUCCACUCACGAGCAGAUGUCAGAGUACAAUCGUAUGAUUUCGACCUGUGCACUGUUCACAGUGCUCCGCUAUCUCAUGAGUGAACUGGCACAGACGUUGGAUACGGCACAAGCUGUAGCUCGGACUACCCAGCAGGGUCAAGGAGACACAGUUGAAGUGGAGGUGGAAGAUGAAGACCACCUGUUGAUGCAGUCGUACAUGCUCACCGACGGGAAGGGUACGGUAGAACAGCGGUGGACCCGCGCGGUGAACCGGCUCCACAAGGAGCUGCUGCAGCAACAACGAGGAGUUCGUCUUCUGCAUCUACGGAUGCUUCGAAUGGGGAUGCCACGCACUCUGGCCGAAGAUGGGGCUCGGGAAUGGUUCGACCAGCUGGAGGCUCUCUUUGUGGCGAUCGAGUCGGAUCUGCAGGGAGAUGUGGCUCAGGCUGAAGGGGUUGAUGUGGAGUGGAUUCGGCAAUGGGUGAACGAGUUCUCCGCCUUCAUCCCAGGGUACACGGUGCAGACACAACCUGUCCAGGUGGAGUCGCAGACGACAGCUGCAGAUGCGAUGGAAGCCGACCUCGCACGGCUUGUGGCUGACGAAGAAAGUGAAAGGGAGUGGCAAGCACAACGAGAAAGGGAAGAGGCCGAGGAACGAGACCGACUCGCACAGCAUGAAUGCAACUCUCUUCAGCGGGAUGCCGAGGCGUACCGCCAAUGGGAGCUGGAGCAAGUCCGGGGAGCUAUGGUGAGGUCUGAAGGACCCAACAAAAGACGUUGUGUUCUCACCAUGGAGGCAGCUUCCGGGUCCAUGGACCAACCGCGAAGGGUGCACACAAUGGCACUGGAUGUUCCUACCACAGGCGAGGCCGUCACCUUGACGAUCACGGCCCGCAUGGAACCGGACCCCGAAGAAGUGUCCACUCAACCGGUGGUUGCCCCAGCCGAGGGCUGUCCAGAGCAAGCAACCAUGUGCUAUUUCACCGGAGAAUGGCCACCGCUUCUGCUGAUCUUGGUGGGGCUAGUGUCUCUCGUUUACCAGAAUGCUCAAGCCCGCUUUGACUGCGAUAUGCAAGGCUGUCAGGAACCGUACGCAGAGUUGGCUAACAGCUUCUUGUGGGAGCGCUCUGACUCCUGCGAGGAUAUUUCCAUCGUUGGCAGUUCAACCGGUGACUUAGGCGUCGAGCGCCCGUGGUUGGAGGUCUUCAAUUCUUUGACUCCCAACCAGCGGCGCGCACUCUGUGGGCCAUUCAGCGCCGAUGCAUCCACAAGAGCUUUUGCUUUCAUGCCGUUGGAGCCUGUUUUGUCUCACGAGGCUCCUUUUCUCAUGAUGAUGCGACUGGCAACAUUGCGGGACCUCGGUUCCGCACAAGCCUCAUGCGCCGUGUUGGCGCUCUUGAGCGCCUCUUGGGGAUCGAUCCUGCCAGCUGAGUCUUCUGCAGGCCAUUACGCUCUGCUUUGGCUUAUGUGCAAUUGUGUGAGUGCCACUGCUGACACUCUCUUGUCUGCCUGUCCGACAAUGGACCCCUCCGUGUUGGAGGACGCUGACCUAGCUGCCUUGCAGCACGAACUUUCCGCUGAUCUUCAGAUUGAUGGGGGAGACUUCGGUGAUCAGCUUAGUCAUGCCAAUCAGGAUUGUGAUACGGCUGAAAGGCGACCUCUCAAUCCUUGGCUUCUGCUGGACUCGGGCGAGGACUUCCAGGCAGUGUCUGAGGAUGCUUCUCAACAUGGAGUUGAGGCUGCUGCUUCUGAGGACGAUGCCAGUGCUGAAGUGCAAUGGUACAAGCAAGUUGCCGAAGAUUUCCUGUCAUCUGAUGUCGAGAGCCAUCAUAAGCAAUCUCAGUGGAGUCUGGUUGAACAGCAUCCUUCAGUGCCUGCAGCCUCGCCUCGGGUCACUGCUGAAGGGUAUCAGACUGCUGCUUUUCAUGCAGUUCCGGCGAAGGCUACGCUGUCACUUCCCUGGGAAUCAGGAGUCUGGAGUGCGCUGUUUGGUGCUUCUGCUUCCGGUGACUGGUUGCAGCAGGUGACUCCUGCAUUCAACAGACCUGUGCAGCCGACUAGUGGCCAACCAGAGGAGUCCUUAGUGCCUGCUUCUUCGGGUUUGUUUUCUCUUUCUUCGAAGCCUCGGCAAGACAGAGUAUUCAUGGCUGUUGUGUCGCAGUCUUUGGAUGUCUCGUGGGAAGAGCAGAGGACUCUUGAUUUCGACAGAUCUGUUAAGCUGUGGCUCCAUACGAUUCUUCGUUGGGAUGUCGACUGCGAGGUAAGACAGAUGCUGUGUGAGGAGGACUCCGUGCAAGGGCAGAUUGGAUUGCUGGAAGACUUCUUCCGGGGUCGUGCACCAUCGACUUUGCUCAAGAGGGCCCGAGCUUUGGCGAAAGUUGCCAACUGGUUGCAGGAGAAAGGCGCGCCGGCCUAUCCUAUCAGUGAGAAACUUUUCUACGAAUUCCUUCGAGCAGAAAGGGCCCUAGGUGCUCCUGCCUCCAGGUUGAAAGGCUAUCACGAAGCCAUUGUCUUUUCGAGAUUCGUGCUGGGUGUGGCAGGUCUUGAGCUUGCUACUGCUUGCCGUCGUUGUUUGGGCGCCACUAAAUCGGACGAGCCUAGGGACAGGAAGCAGGCCCAACCGCUUACAGUCCAGCGCUGUUGGAGCUCCACAGGAGGCUUGACAGCGAGGGCGAGGACCUGUGGAACAGAUUGUUCUGUGGCGCCACACUUUGUGUGGUCUACGCCCCUGGAUUAUGACACCCUAGGUGACAUCGCAUACUUGGAAAUUACCGUGGCGAGUCAUAAAACGAUGCAUUCAUCUCAGCACCGAUUCCAGUUUUUACCAAUGGUAUCCAUUGCCUUGGGCUCAGUGCCAGGGCGCAUGGCACUUGUGUACUCUCGGGAUGGUGCUGCGAGGAGCUUGCGACUGCUAGAAGUGAUGCUUGAGGAAAUCCGGAGUGGUUUCUACCUCCCUGACAGCACGCGGUCUGGGCGUCUCAGGGGUCCGGCACGUGAGAUUCUGGAGCAUGCAUCUCUCGCAGGAGAGAAUCGACCUGAAACGGGGCACCCUCGCGCUAGGGUUGGGCCAGAGGCUGUCAAGGCUGAGCUCACCAGUGAUUUCGGGGAUGGAGCUGUUGAAAUCCUGGGAUCAGAAGAUGAACAGGAGGCGGCUGCUACCGAGCGAGCUGCGGAUUCCGAACAUGUCACCACAGACAGCUCCGGUUAUCGUUUCCUCCAGCAUAAAAAGACUCGCAUGUUGCAUCUCAUCAAGCAGGGCAACGAAAGAGUGCUGGAAUGUGGUCGUAUGGUCGGACCACUGGAGAGGAGGCUCGCACAGGAGGUGAUUGAUGUGAUGGCGUAUUGGGCGAGCUUCUUGGAAAAGAAGUUGGUGGAUCCGGCAUGCACGGGUAGCGACUGCAAGAAUGCAAAGAACAUCAAAUCAUUCCGCAAGCUGGCCUUCGCCAUCGGCACGCCACAGACUGUUGCAGAUCUUCGCACUUUGCACUUCGAAGCCACUGCUUUUGUUGUCGCAGUACUUAAGGAGCAUGUCACAGGUGAGUUGUGCCCCAGCCAUGCAUUGUGCGACAUGGCGAACACAAUCUAUGAGACUUCAGUCAUGACUUGGAUAUCACCCAGCAAGUGCUCUAAGCGGGAUGCUGAGAUUCAGUCUGUUUCGAAAGUCGAGGCCAAAUCUGCUAUAUCGCUUGAGAAACAGUCUCUUGUUGUUGUGCCGCAUGAGCCUGCCAAAGCUGAUACUAGCACUGAACUUCGCUUGCAGUGGGCGCUCAUGAGGCGCGGAGUCGCCUUUGACCAAUGUCGGUUGUUGUCAUGGGAAAUUCACCAGAAAUGGGUCACAAUCCUCAUGGAGGCUAUGUGCGAGGCGCCUCCCCCGGGCUAUUCAGCCAUUGGCGCUGCUCAGGUUGUACGAGCUGAUCGGGAGCUGUGGACCUUAUUGGCCCGGGACUUCCCGGGGCCUUAUAAGGUCAAUACCAUGGGUGCAUUGCAGGUUGAGCUGGGUGGUGCCCCUUCGAAGCCGGAUCCCAAUACUCAGGCAUCGCGCCUUGUGCUUGGCGCUCUUCCUCGCGGGAAGGUCCUUAAGCCGCUAGUGCCCGAGUUCGGUCGCUACCUCAAGGUGCUGACGUAUCCUGAGACGGGUGCCUUGCUGCGCUUCAUGCGUAGCCUUCCCAAGGGGGCCGUCAGAGUUCGCCCAGCGGAUCCACAGGAGCAGGAGCUUGUGCUUGAAGUGUCGCAACACCCGGCCAAGCUUGAUGCGGCGCUGGUGCAUUCUACUGACGACUGGUCGGGUGAUCGGAUUCUUCUUGUGGCUUUCCAUGUUCAGGGUGCGACAUCUAUGAGUUGCGCAGAUCAGCGGAGAUGUACCGAGCUUGGCUUUGUUCUUGACGUCGGCGCCGCUGGGGAUCGCAUACACAAUGCUGCUGGAGUGAACCGUUCUUCUGCCGAAACUGUCUUUGUUGGGGUUCCCAGCGAUCCCGAGGAGUUCAUACGAAAAGCAGUGGAAGCGGGGCACCCAAUGGACAUGGGCAGGCACGUGUGCCCAGCUGUGGACCGGGCGAUCAAGGCCAACUUCUGCGACCCUCCUGAAUUAGUCAUCCAGCGACGGCUGAGCACACUCGAACGCUGGGAGAGUCGGGCUGCUGUACUGGAUCCUCUUGAAGCGGAGGCGAACUGCCGGAGGCCACACCACAUACAGACACUGCUCAAGGGCAAGCGCAUUCUCCUGUGGAUAUGCGAGAUAGGCUACCCGGAUGUCAAGAUCCUCGACGAGGUUGAGCAGGGCCUGCCUCUCACUGGGUGGAUGGCUGAAUCACAGGUUUUCGCGAGCAACCCGAAACCGCCUACAAUGUCUGUUGAGACCGUCGUCGCUAUGAACAGGGGCUUUCACGCUCUGGUCAAAAGGCGCCUCUCCAAGAGGCAGGAUCACGACGUCGAGCAGAAGACUUGGCUUGAGACAGAGGAGGAGAUUGCUAAGGGAUGGUUUUGGGUUGAUGAGUCUGGCUGCUGGGAAGGAAAGAUCAUUGCACACCGGUUCGGCCUUCUUCAGAAACUCAAACUUCGCACGAUCGACGACUGCAGUGUUGGGGGUCUCAACUGCACUGUUGGACUUCCGGAGAAGAUGCGAGCCACCUGUGGCUGGCUAGGCCGCACGUACGAUCUUCAGGUGGCCUAUCGUCAGUUCGGCAUAAGCUCUGCAGCUCGGGAACUCUUGAGGAUUGUCGUCAACAAGCCUGGGGCGGAACAGCCUAUUCUCCUUGGGGCCAACAGUCUUCCGUUCGGUGCAGUGGGUUCAGUUGCUGGCUUCCUCAGGCUGUCAAUGGCUAUUUGGACACUCGGCCUGGUGGGGCUGGAGCUGUGCUGGUCCGCUUACUACGAUGACUUUCCGACUGUCACCAGUGAGCCGCUUCUUGAGAAUACGAGCUCGUGUGUUGACCGCUUGUUCAGACUCAUCGGGCUUGACUAUGCUACCGAGGGCAAGAAAGCUCCACAGUUUGCGAGCUGUUUCGCGGCACUUGGAGUUCAGGUCGAUCUGCAGCGAGCUCAGUCCGGCUCGAUUAUUAUCGGGCACACUAGCGCUCGGAAAGAGGAGCUGACCACUUGCAUCGAGUCCAUUCUCGCGGACGGCAGCAUGACCUCGAAGGAAGCAGAGAAGCUGAGGGGACGACUCGUCUUCUUUGAAGGAUUCACUUUCGGUAGAGUCGCUCAAGUGGCUGUCAAGCACGUGGGUCGCCACGCUCAAGGCUCGAGUGGUUCUGUGAAGUUAUCUGCUGAUGUCAAGUGGGCUCUGGGUAUGAUUAAAAGGCGAAUCUGUCAUGCCCUGCCAGUGACUAUAUCGGCAAAGGCACUGCAAACCACUUAUGUCUUCACCGACGGCGCUUUCGAGCAAGGUCGAGGCUCUUUUGGAGGAGUUCUGGUCUCUCCUCACGGCAGGUGUGUUUCUUACUUCGCGGGAGAAGUGAGUCGUGAGGCGAUGCAUCAUUUACUUGCCUCGUCCACUCAUCCUAUCUAUGAGCUUGAGCUGCUGCCAGUGCUUAUCGCGAUGCAGGUUUGGGGAAGACUGUCCUCUCACCAGCAAACAGUUUACUAUCUUGACAACGAGCCAGCACGAAUUGGGAUGAUCAAGCGGGCGGGUGGCACUGCCAUCGCGGACCUUAUCAUUUCCAAAGCUAGUGCACUUGAGUGUGAGCUAGGCCAGCACGCUUGGUACGCUCGUGUUCCAUCGCAUUCCAACAUCGCUGAUGAUCCGAGUCGCUUUUACUUUGAACGUCUUCACAAGCUCGGUGCUGCGAGAGUUCUGCUUGACGAAAGCUGGGUCGCGAGCCUCGUUUUGGAAGCGGGGUGA